AUGGAAAUCAUCAAGUAUAUUGACGGUGAAAUAUUCGCCGAAGACGUCCUUAAUGUGAUGUUGGAAGCCUCAAUGGAUCUUUCCUUCGAGCAUGAUUGGAGAGAGGGUGAUGUAGUGAUUAUAGAAUUAUCAAGUCAGCCGCCGAAGAGAGCCAUGGAGCAAUGGGGAACGAAAAGUUUUAGUGAGUAUGUGGGAUAA